CGGCGGCGGCGCAGGGCCGCCCGGGUCGGCGCUGCCUGCGGCGCGGGCGCUGGAGGCCGGCGGUGCGGGGAGUGCGAGGAAGCGGCGGCGGCCCGGAGCGUGAGAGGCUGGGAGCCGGGGAGGGGGCGCUGGAGCCGCGGCUCUCCGGUGGCCCCGAGCCCCGCUCCCCGCCCCCGACGCGGGAUUAGCCGCCCGCCUGCCCUCGGGCGGGCUCCCGGGGACCCUUCUGCUCCCGCCACCCGCGCUCGGCCCGCCCCGGAGCCGGGAGCCGGGAGCCGGGUGCCCGGGCGGCGUGGGGCUAAGGCUCUCUCUGAUUCAUUCAUUCUCCGCCGCCGGGAGCCGCGGACCCGCUGUGCGCGGCGGAGGAGGAAGGGAGAGGGGCGGCCGCGGAUGAAGGGCCGGGCGGGAGCCGGGCUCCAUUGUGCUCGGCGGCGGGGGGCGGGAAGGGGCUGAGGGAGGUGGGAUCGGGGCCCCCAUCCCCCUGCUCUCCUGCACGCGCUGCGCCCCCAGCCUGCUGCCAGCCUGGAAAUGGCUCCGUGUAUUCUCGGGAGGAUGCAUCGAUCCUGCCCAGCCUUCUCUGCCUCCUCCCCACCUCUCCUCGGCUCCGAGUCUUAGGAGGAAGGAGGGAAAAAAAAAAAACAACACAAUUUAAAAGACAGAUUUCCAAUGUGGAGUGUUGUGCACGUCGCGAGCUGCCGGGUUUGCACUCGGAGGAGAUUUUUUUCUAUGUAGGCCCCCCCCCCCCUUUUUUUUUUCUAAUGUGAGUGCAGGGAAGCCGCGGCAUUACUGCUUUUAGGAUUUUUAUUUUCUCGUAGGGCUCUCUCUAUAAAAGUGCACGUCGCAUUGGGUUGCACGCUCCACCCCCAGGGACCCGGUGUGGUGGUGGAGAAAUUUGAACCCGCAGCCUUAGUAGCGCCGAAAAGACCAGGUUACCUGCCUCUCCCGAGAGUGGAGGAAGAAGACCUGAACGGAAUGACCACCCAAGUCAUUUUUCGUAGGACUCUGUGAAGCUGGAUUCCGCGUUUUUUCCAACACGUAGACUCAUUUUUUUUUUUUUUUUGUGGAAUUAAGAGUUAACCGCUGUCUCCUCCGCGCAGCAUUUUAACGCUAAUAAGCAAAUGCCACCUCGGUGCGAACGUUUUGGUAUUUCUGAGAGAGAAUUCAUUUUAUACAAGCGAACUCACUGAAUUGUCAGCAUUACUGAAAUACCUCCAGAAAAGGACCUUCGGGGGCUGGAAACGCAACUGCGAAAUAGCAGACGGAGACAUUCCUCUGGAAGUUAUUCCGUAGCCUAAGAGCAGAAACUUCGGAGCAAGUUUUCAUUGGGCAAAAUGGGGGAACAACCCAUCUUCAGCACUCGUGCUCAUGUCUUCCAGAUUGACCCUAACACAAAGAAGAACUGGGUACCCACCAGCAAGCACGCAGUUACUGUGUCUUAUUUCUAUGACAGCACAAGAAAUGUGUAUAGGAUAAUCAGUUUAGAUGGCUCAAAGGCAAUAAUUAAUAGCACCAUCACCCCAAACAUGACAUUUACAAAAACUUCUCAGAAGUUUGGCCAGUGGGCCGAUAGCCGGGCAAACACUGUUUAUGGACUGGGAUUCUCCUCUGAGCAUCAUCUUUCAAAAUUUGCAGAAAAGUUUCAGGAAUUUAAAGAAGCUGCUCGACUAGCAAAGGAGAAAUCACAAGAAAAGAUGGAACUUACCAGUACACCUUCACAGGAAUCAGCAGGCGGGGACCUUCAGUCUCCUUUAACACCAGAAAGUAUCAAUGGGACCGAUGAUGAAAGAACACCUGAUGUCACACAGAACUCAGAGUCAAGGGCUGAACCAACUCAGAAUGCAUUGCCAUUUUCACAUAGUUCAGCAAUCAGCAAACAUUGGGAGGCUGAACUGGCUACCCUCAAAGGAAAUAAUGCCAAACUCACUGCAGCCCUGUUGGAGUCUACUGCCAAUGUGAAACAAUGGAAACAGCAACUUGCUGCAUAUCAAGAGGAAGCAGAACGUCUGCACAAGCGGGUGACUGAGCUUGAAUGUGUUAGUAGUCAAGCAAAUGCAGUGCAUACCCAUAAGACAGAAUUAAAUCAGACAAUACAAGAACUGGAAGAAACACUGAAAGAAAAGGAAGAGGAAAUAGAAAGAUUAAAACAAGAAAUUGAUAAUGCCAGAGAACUCCAAGAACAGAGGGACUCUCUGACUCAGAAACUGCAGGAAGUAGAAAUUCGGAACAAAGACCUGGAGGGACAACUGUCUGACUUAGAGCAACGUCUGGAGAAAAGUCAGAAUGAACAAGAAGCUUUUCGUAAUAACCUGAAGACACUCUUAGAAAUUCUCGAUGGAAAAAUCUUUGAACUAACGGAGUUACGAGAUAACUUGGCCAAGCUUCUAGAAUGCAGCUAAGGAAAGUGAAAUUUCAGUGCCAAUUGAUUAAAAAAAAAAGAAGAAGAAAAAAUACACUGUCUCCCUUCAUAGGACUGUUUGGGCUCUGCAUCAAGAUUGCACAAAAAAUCUAAAUAUCACUCCUCCCGGAGGAGGAUUUUUUUUGAAAAUUGGAAUUGUAUAUUUCAGUGUAAAUUUUAGAAUCCAGCUUGUAGCUAGUUGGGGAAAAAGAGAUGAAACACUUGAACUACAAAUUACCUCCAUGUAUAUUAUUGGCCAUAGCUAACUAGGAAAUUACAAGUAGACACUUAAUGCAAUCUUUUUUUUUUUUCUUUCUUUUUUUCUUUUUUCUUUUUCCUGAUAUUAGCCAAUGGGAGAAUUAACGAUGUCUGGGUCACAUCCCCUUUUUGUGUUCAACACAGUGAAGGCUAUCUGCUUUUUAACUUAAUUUAUUUAUGAUAUCUAAAGCUGUGUUUUGUGCAAAAAAAAAAAAAAAAUCCACAAAAAAACAACUUAGUGACGAAAGCCCUGUCUUUUGUUAUAAUCUGAAUAAUUUCUCAGGAUACUUUUGCACUGUUGGGAAGCAGUGUCAUGACCAGUUAAUUCUUGCCAGGAGUGAGAGCGCGCUGCAUCUUUAAUUGAAACAUGCUUGCUGUGCCAGGGUGUGUAGAACCCUUCCCUUUUUUUUGUGGGAAGAUAUUUCACUCUGGUGGCCACUCUGCUGCACUCUGGUGUUCUCUAACCUUGUCCCUGUAUAGUUUACUUUUCCAUACUGAUCCCAUGUAUUUAUGAGAAGAUACUGUCUCCCAUUUUACUAUACAUUUUAAAGCCAACUAACGAAGGCAGCUGAGUCCCUCAGAAAUUUUUCUUUUUAAAUUUCUAAUAAAUUUGACACAGUACUGAAAUGCAGCAGCCCGUCGCUGACGGUCUGGUCUAGCAAUGUUAAGUAUAUUUACAGAAUAUGCAGUUACCUUUAUUUAUAUCUUUUGCAAGAAACCUUUUCUGGAUGAUCAACGCAUUUCAAUUUACAAAUAAUUGUGGUUAUUGGGGAACUGUUUAUUAUAGAUCCUUUUCAGGUGUAUAGAUAUUUUAAAAGGGAUCCAUUUCCAUCCAACAGCGGAUCAGAGGACUAUUGGGAUUGAGCCGUGUACUCUGUCUGGAUCUCCACGCCAACCACAUCUCUAGUCAAACCUCACAAGGCAAUAUUCUGAACUGUUAACUAGGCAUCUCAACACAGGAAUUCAAUUCAAUAGGCUCUUCUCAGUGAACAGGUUUUAAUGUUGUUUUGAUGUAAUUUUAAAAGACUUUUAGCAAAGAUGCGUUUCUUUAUAUAUUUCUUUUAAGAAGCUAUUUUAAAAGUAAGGCACGUGCUGUUUAGUCUGCAUAUGGAGUAGGAGUUGCAUCAGAGUCCAUGUAUUCUCGCUGUACAAUGCCUGCGGUGUUGAGGAGGGUUCUUUAUUUAAAGUGUAUGCUUGGGAAUCUGACUCUGAGGAGUCUACAAAGUGCACUGACUUUUGGUUUGUACCCCCAAAAGACUGAAUUGUUAAGAACAAAAGUAAGCUAAUUGAUCAAUUUGUAACCAUUUUUUCACUCACAAACAGCUACUCAGCAUAGGCAAUUUUGUUUUAUAUAUGUAUGUGUAUGUAUGGAAAUACAUACAUAUUAAUUUAUAUUAGAGUGAAAAAUAAAUGGUUUCUAAAGUUAGUUUCUAAAGUGAGUUUUCAGAUGUCUCUGAGAAGUUUUUAUCAGACACUUGAUCACCAUGUCUUAUGUGUGCUAUAACAUCAUGUGAGUCACCGCCAUCUAUUUUAGGGCAUUUAGCUCACCUGUGUAUCACAGGGAAGGUGAUGUAGGUACACAAGGGCAGAGCUGAGCUAUGUCUCUGACAAAUCAGGUAAUAAAACUUUACUUAAUUGAUAGAAUUUUGAAGUAGAUGUGAUUUUAUCUAUCAGUUUCUGAGUAACAAAGAGCACCAGAUUUUGACUUAAAUAGGAAAUUUAACUCUAGGGAUCAGGGAAUGUAGAUAUGAAGAGUUAAUAAAAGUAAGUAAACAGUGUAUGUAAGCUGUUGAAAUGGUAAGUGAAUUAUUUUAACGAUGUAAUAAGAUAUUUUUAAAUUUUGACAUAGUUAUUAUAUAGUGGGAAAAUAACUCAUCAAAAUGUCUCCACUUGAGUUGUACUGAUAUGUGAGAUGUGUGUAACUCAAUAUAUACAUAUACUCAUAUGUAUAUACAGAAAUUUUUUUUUAAUAUUUUCCUACUAUAUGAAAUUUAAAAUUGGAAAUUUUCUGAGUUUUUUCCUUGUCCAAUAGAGCCUAAUUUUUUUAAAAAAGUGAUCUAACAAUUUAUUGAGGGCUGCACCUUUAAAUUCCCAGAUUGUCAUUAGACGUGUACAGUAUAUGGGAUAAGGUGGACACAAGGGCACAUAUAAAUAAAAUCUUAAGACUAUUUUAAACAUUGAUUUACGGUAGGAGAGUCAUCAUUUUCAAGUCAUAAUUAGGUUGUUUGCCUACUGUAGUUUUCUCCAUUUCUGUAUUAUAGAAAUAAAAGUUUGCAUAUUAAAAUUUGAUUUUCCCAGAGGCAAAUAUUAUAUAAUGUAUCUAUAUUUAGAUCAAACUGUGGUAAUAUAUUUGUCAGAAAACAGUGCUGGGGACUGUAGCCUGAACAUGUGGACUCGAAGUGACACAGGAAGGAGAGCAGAGGGUGAUCCCGUUGUGUAUAAGUUAUUAUAUGAAAACUGAACUCUUGUACAAAAAAACAACUGGAAAAAAAAAAGAAAGACAAAAAUACAGUUUUUAUUUUGCAAUACACUUGUUGUUCUCUGGAGAAUGUACUUUAUCUUUUUUCCCCUCAGUCUUUUACAGAUACUUUUUUAAAAAGCAUUCAAGUGAUGGCAGCAUUUACUUAAAUCUUACAGGUGCUAUUGGAUUUUACAUUUAGUGUGAUCUGUUGUGAAACCCUAACUUUGACAUAAAAGGUUUUGUAAGUAUUUUCCUGCCUGGAAAAUUAGUUUUGGUCUCUCUCUCUCCCUUUCUCCCUCUCACUCGCCCUUUUCCUCUCCCUCUCCCUCUCCCUCUCCCUCUCCCUCUCCCUCUCCCUCCCUUCCCCUCUCUUCUCUCUCCCCUCUCCUCCUUCUUCCUUCCUUCAUUCCUUCCUUCCUCCCUUCCCCUCUCUUUUUUCUCUCCUUUACUGCAGAUUUUACAAAGUUCAUGAAGGUGCGUCUCUGCCCUUACAGAAGAGCUCCAGCACCAUCAUAGAUUUAAUGUUUUGCUGUCAUUGAACUGUUGGGAAGCAAUUACAGUAG